GAUUGCUUCCGGUAGGGAGAAGUUGGCUUCUGUGCCAUCUGGUGGUGGUUGUGGUGCUGUUGCAGCUGCUCCAUCAAGUGGUGGUGCUGCUGCUGCUCCUGCAGCUGCUGAGAAGAAAGAAGCUAAGAAGGAAGAGAAAGAGGAGUCUGAUGAUGACAUGGGAUUCAGUCUCUUCGAGUAA